AUGGCGCCCCAAGAUUCUGUGUUGGAACAUGCUCUCCCGAUGCCCUCAAUCAAGAAGUUGAAGGGCAAGCGUGUUGUCCUCGCCUCCGCCAGCCCUCGGCGGAAGGAGAUACUCUCGCGUUUCGGUAUCUCGCCGGAGGUUGUACCAUCCACGUUUGAAGAGAACCUGCCUGUGUCUUCCUUCGAGGAUAUUCACGAGUAUCCGGUGGCAACUGCUCAGCAUAAGGGCGUUGAGGUCUACGAGCGACUUGUUGCAGAGGACCCGGAUAAUCCACCAGACCUUGUCAUCGCCGCCGACACCGUCGUCCUUACGCAUGCCGCACCAGUCGUCGGCCAAGUACACGAAUCACUCUUACCUCCCAUGACUCAAGAGAUCCUGGAAAAGCCGGUCGACAAGGAGGAUAAUCUGCGCAUGCUCCUUGACCUGAAUGGCGGCAUUUUCUACCCCAUCUUGACGGCUCCGGGCUACGGGAUGAAGUCUCUCGAUGAGCGGACUCUCGUUCACUUCGCGGACAAUCCUCCGGCGCUUGUCAAAGCUUAUGUCGACAGCGGCGACGGACUGGGCAAGGCAGGGGGCUUCGGUGUACAGGGUAACGGCGGUCUCCUCAUCAGCAAGGUUGAAGGUGACUACAACAACGUCGUUGGCUUCCCUGCAUCGUCGUUCUUCCGCUAUCUAGAGAUCUUGGUCGAGGAGAACGAGGAAGAGGGUGGGGACUUUCUGUCGAUAGAUUAG